UGCAUUAGCGAUAGUCAGUGGAUAGCGAUAGUAGUUGUGUUUUCGUAUUCCGCCAGAAAUGCGUUUUGUUCCAUUUUUUAUUAGAAUUGGAGGAAAAUACUAUUGUCAGUAGCUCAUCACUGUUUGACCUGUCUGUAUAGGCAAAAUGCCGCAUACUAUGAAUAUCGAUGGACAUUCGCCCAGGCCAGAAAAUAUUGGCAUUGUAGCCGUUGAAAUAUAUUUCCCAUCGAGUUACGUUGACCAAGCAAAACUUGAGGAAUAUGACGAAGUUUCAGCUGGGAAGUAUACAAAGGGUCUUGGACAAUUACAAAUGGGAUUUUGCUCGGAUAAUGAAGAUAUCAAUUCUUUGUGUUUGACUGUUCUUGCAAAUUUAAUGGAAAAACAUGGAAUAUCUUACAGUGAAAUUGGUCGUUUGGAAGUCGGAACAGAAACCAUAAUUGACAAAUCGAAGAGUGUUAAAAGUGCUUUGAUGCAGCUGUUUGAGGAAUCAGGAAAUUUUGAUGUUGAAGGAAUCGACACCACAAAUGCUUGUUAUGGAGGAACAAGCGCACUCUUUAAUGCCAUCCAGUGGAUGGAAAGUUCUUCAUGGGAUGGGCGUUACGCAGUCGUAAUAUGUGGUGAUAUAGCAGUGUAUAGUGAAGGAAAUGCCCGAUGCACAGGAGGUGCAGGUGCCAUUGCAAUGUUAAUUGGACCAAAUGCUCCAUUGGUUUUUGAACCAGGUCUACGAGCAACAUACAUGAGGCAUGCCUAUGAUUUUUAUAAACCAGAUCUGACAUCGGAAUAUCCAGUUGUUGAUGGAAAACUUUCUGUUAAAAGUUAUAUUUCAGCACUUGAUAAUUGUUAUCAAAAUUAUUGCCGAAAAGCUUCAACCAAAUUAAAAACAGAUGUUCCGUUCAGUUUACGGGAUCUUGAUUUUAUGGUUUUCCACAGUCCGUAUUGUAAACUUGUCAAAAAAUCUCUCACUCGUCUCGCUCUCAAUGAUUUUCUUCAAGACAAAAUAAAAUAUUAUUCCGAAACAGAACAGAAGUGUUUUGCUGGAUUAGAAAACCUCAGGGAAACAGACCUUGCUUCUUCAAUAUUUGAUAAAUCAGUCGAAACUACGUUCAUGACAGCAAGUAAUAAUUUAUUCGAAUCGAAAACUCAUCGAUCGCUGCUGAUAGCAAGUCGUGUUGGAAACAUGUAUACUCCAUCGUUAUACAGCUGCCUCGUGUCUGUUUUAAUAAGUCAUUCAUUCGAAGAAUUAUCAAAUAAAAGAAUUGGAUUAUUCUCAUAUGGAUCUGGUCUUGCUUCAUCUAUGUUUUCUAUGAAAGUAUGCAAUGUGGACGAUGACCAAAGCAAACAAGCAUUAGAAAAACUUAUAUAUGGUAUCAGCGAUGUGAAACACAGGCUGGAUAGAAGACAAGAGAUAUCACCCGAGGAUUUCACGAAAACAUUGAAAUUGAGAGCAAGCACUCAUUUGAAAUGUGACUAUACCCCAUCAACUCCUGCUGAGCAUACGUUUCCUGGAACGUUUCAUUUAACAAAAGUUGAUGACAAAUUUCGAAGAACUUACGACAGAACGAAAACUUAUCAGAAUGGUUUUACAAAUGGACAUUAGUUGAAGUCGCUCCGAGUUCUGAAUGAUUUUUUUGAAUUUAUUUGAUGCAUCAAUCCAUGCUGUAGUGUUAAAGUGUUAGGAUGUGGCAAUGUGACCUCACUACAUAGCAGUGUUGGGUGGUAAUCCCUAAUUCUGAGUUACAAGUAAAGUCUAGUCCGGCCUGUGGAAUGUCGAUUGUGACAUUGAAUAAAUUUGAGUCACAUUAAUAAAAAAUAGCACUGGGAUUUGAAAGUGCACCGACAACAUUCAUAUUGGCAUCAACACAGCCAAUUUUAAGUUAUUACUGUAAUAAUAUGUUUUCAAUACAAUAUUAAUCAACGUGGU